AUGGGUCUGAACGACACUCCUCCCCCGCACGUGCCGGCGUGGCUGCCCGUCGCGUCGACGCUGGUGCUCGGCAUCGGGGCCGUGUGCUGGAACGCGACCUACAUCCUGAUUACCAUCCGGUCCAUCAAAACCAAGUCGUACGGGAUGCCGCUGAUGGCCACGGUGCUCAACUGGUCGUGGGAGGUCAUCUACGCCUUUUACGUGGCCGAGCACCCCGUCGAAUUCGCCGGCCUGGCUGUGUGGUUUUUCCUGGACCUGGGCAUGGUUUAUACGACGGCUGUAUACGCGCCCUACGAUUGGAAGAUGUCCAACCCGUGGAUCGGAAAGCACAUGCUCUUCCUCCUGGUCUCCCUUACUGCGGCCGCCAUAUGGGGCAAUUAUACCUUCGCCGAGUGGUGGGUGUCCCGGCCGGGCGUCGGGCACGGCGACAAGACGGGCAAGUGGUACCGCCACCAGGAGGGCUACGACGUCAUGGAGAUGGCGUACUGGAGCGCGCUGAUCCCACAGGCCUUCAUCAGCGCCGGCAGCCUGGCCAUGCCGGUGUCGCGGGGCCACAGCGGCGGAGUCAGCUAUGCCAUCUGGUUCGUCCGGGCGCUCGGAUCCUUCACCGGGCUUAUCGCGCUAUAUGCCGUCAUGCGGUGGUACUGGCCCGAAGCCCACAGCUUUUUCGUCAACCCGCUGGCCAUCUUCCUCAGCGCCCUGUUCAUCAUCCCCGACGCCAUUUACCCCUUGGUCCUGUACCACGUCCGCAAGACCGAGGUCGAGCUGCCGGAUGGCCGGCUGGUCAGUGCCUACCAGGCAGCCUUGGAGAAGAAUGGGAUCAACGGGGUUGAGGAAGGGCAGGGAGUGGUGGGAGACGGCGGUGAGGGCAAGAUACGUCUGUGA